GUGAGUAUGUCUUGUAGUUAUUGGUGUGUGAACGUAUUUGUUGAAAUGUUUAGUGAUACAUGCUAAAGUGUAGACUGACCUAAACUUCAACAUUCAACUGAGCUAGUGUCUUAAAACUAGUUUUACUCGUUCAUCUGUUAAUGAUAAAAUAUAGUUAUUUUUAAGGGUACCAAAUUAUUAACCAGGACUAGUAGAACUUAUAAUUUAACUUUAAGAUAUACUUCAAAUAGUUAACUUGAACUUUGAAAACUUUUAAGUUAUUCGGCACCGUGGUUCGUGACGUAAGGACGACUAGCGCGACUCUACGAGGAAUCUGUCACGUCACUCCUUUAAAAUUGUGAUAUAUUCACAUUUAAACUACUUGGUGACAUCAUGUUUUGGCUUAUGUCCAUCAGCAUGUAUAUCAGUAUGCUGGUUUUGCCAGCAAAAACUGACAUGUUCACUGCCAUAAUAGAUCUUCAGAAACUUCUUUAUACAGAAGCAGAAAUUAUCAAAACAUUGGAACUGUACCUGAAAGCAGAAGAACAAAGACUGGAAAAAGUUAGGCAAUUAAGACAGGAAUAUGGACAGAUGUAUCAACUUGCUAGUCAGGAUAUGGAGUCAUUCAUAGCUAACCCAGUAAAUGCAUAUUUGCUAGUUAAAAGACUUACUGCAGACUGGAAAAAUGUAGAAUAUUUGAUGCUUGAAGGUGAAGGGAAAAAUUUGAUUGAAAAUAUUACAAGAAACAGAGAUGAUUUAAAAUUUCCUGAUGAUGAUGACUUAAAUGGAGCUGCUGUAGCUCUGCUAAGACUACAAGACACAUACAAAAUAGACACUUCUGUCUUGGCAAAAGGUUACAUCCAGGGAACAAAACAUUCGUCUGAGCUGACUGCUGGAGACUGUUUCGAGCUAGGCCGUCAGUCCUAUAACAAUGAAGAUUUCUACCAUACAGUUCUGUGGAUGCAAGAGGCCUUGGAACGUGCAGAAGAAGAAAUAGACAAGACUGCAGAUGCAGCAGAAGUUCUUGAAUAUCUGGCAUAUGCUACUUACAAGCAAGGGAAUACAAGACAUGCCUUGAAGCUUACAAGUAACUUAUUGAAAUUAGUUCCUGAUCAUCCAAGAGCAGGUGGUAACAAAAUUUUUUUUGAGAAUUCACUUCAGAGAUCAGAGAAGAAGAAGAAAGGAGAUGAUGGAGAUGUACCGGUUGAAGAAACUUACAUGGAAUUCAAACGAUCAGUGUAUGAUAUUCCUGAGAGAGAAAAAUAUGAAAUGCUGUGCAGAGGAGAAAAAUUAAUGAAUAAGAUUGAAGAAGGGAAACUGAAGUGCCAUUACUAUACAAACAAUCAUCCCUACUACUUGCUGCAGCCUGUGAAAGAAGAAGAAGCAUUUUUAAGACCACGUAUUGUUAUGUAUCACAAUAUUUUAUCUGAUAAAGAAAUAGAAGUUGUUAAAACCCUUGCAACUCCUUUGUUGAAAAGAGCAACUGUUCAAAACUACAAGUCUGGAGAGUUGGAAAUGGCAAAUUACCGGAUUUGUAAAAGUGCUUGGCUGUCCAAUCAGGAGCAUGAAAUAGUAGCAAAGAUUAGCCAAAGGAUCGAGGACCUCACUGGAUUAACAAUGUCAACAGCUGAGGAGUUACAAGUCGUGAAUUAUGGCAUUGGUGGACAUUAUGAACCUCACUUUGACUUUUCCAGACGAGAAGAAACCAAUGCCUUUCAAAGUUUGGGAACUGGUAACAGAAUUGCUACUUGGUUGAAUUAUAUGAGUGAUGUUGAAGGAGGUGCUACAGUUUUUCCUCAUAUCAGUGUAGCAGUAUGGCCUAAGAAGGGCUCGGCAGCCUUUUGGUACAACCUGUUCAAGAGUGGUGAAGGAGACAUGCUAACAAGACAUGCAGCCUGUCCUGUCUUAGCUGGAUCUAAAUGGGUAUCAAACAAAUGGAUUCAUGAGAGAGGGCAAGAAUUUAGAAGAAAAUGUGGAUUGCAUUUCACAGAUUAAGAAAAAAUAGGAUCAUGGAUUUAGGGUAUAAAUCAUGAAUAUUCUGCACAUGAAGUGUGGAAAAGCUGCCUUUGUUUUCUAAGAAUUAGUCAUUUUUCUUUGUCUUGUUUUCUUAGAUCAGUGUUUUAUAUCAGUGUAUCAUAUACAAAAGCAAUAACUGAAAUUUAGAAAGUUGAUUACUUGUUGUUUAAUCAUUAUAAUUCAAUUUAUCUUAGAGUAAUUAUUAAUCUGCUUUUAUUUUAAAACUUACACACUAGCAUCAAAUGAUACAUUAACAUGAAGAUACCAUUAAAUGUAUUACCUACAUUGAAUUUUGCCAUCAUAUUGAAUAACAUAACUGAAAAACAUAUUAUAGUUGUAUUUUCUUAUUCAGAACAGACUGAUGGCCAGUAUAUUUACAAAUUAUUCAGUAGAGUAGCUUAUAACUAAAGAUAUAUACAGUAAAAGCUUUGUCAUCUGGUAUUUUCUCGUCUGGAAAGCUCUUGUGACCAGAAAUUUCAGUAUCUCCAAAUACAAAUGCCCAUUGUAGUUUAGUGGCACUUCUAUGGUUUUGCUUACUUUAUUUAAAAUACUGUAGUUAUAAAUGUUAUUGUACAGUUUAAGGUUUUUUGCAACAUUUACUACUUUUUAAAACUGUUAUUAUUAUAGAUGAUAUAGAAAUAUUGUACUUCAGAACAUUAACAAGGUGUCCAAAUUUUUCCAGUAAGACAUUGUAAUGGAAAUGUUGAAUUCUGAAUUUUCAUCUAUCCAGUACUGCCCAAGUCUGGCAGAUGCCAAAUAAUAAAGCUUUUACUGUGUGUGUGUGUGUGUGUGUGUGUGUGUAUGUAUAAAUAAUAUAUAUACACAAACACACGUUUUAUUUACAAGUGAAAGAAAUCAGAAAUAUUACAUUUAUAUUCUUAAACCAAACAAAAAUCAUAAAGAUUAAGUCUGUCUUUUAUCAAACUUCAAGAGGUAUUAAUUUCUAUAUUUAAUUCAGAUUACAGUGUUAAAUAAAUUAAGUUUAAAAUUAUAAGAAUUUGGUUUAAUUUAUGAAACGAGAUUUUAUUAGUAUUCAUUAGCUGGUGUAGCAUUUAUGAACACACACCUUUAUACUUCAUUGUGAGAGAGAGAGUUUGAUGCUGUUUGGUUUUCAGUUAAACUUAAAAAAGUUUUAUUCACCUUUUUAUGGGGUGAAUUUUAAUCUGUAAGCAUAAAAUCUCAUCGGCAUUUAACAAAACCCAUACUGUGACCAGUUGAGCACACUAUCCUCUUUCUGCAGCUUAGCUAACACUAGAGAUUGUCAUCCAGUAGAGCUUUGUAUUGUAUAAGAUGUGAUAGAUGACUAGGUGAAAUGUUUAUUUACACAAACCUUUAUAUUCAUUCAUUUCAAAAGAAGUUGAGGUUAUUCAGAUCUUCAGUUAAAUUCAAAAUAUAUUUGUUUGUUUGUAUCUUUUAAUCUUUCAGCAAGGUGUAUUUUGAUGAAAGUAAGUAAGUAAGAACUACAUAAAAUCAUCUUUCACACCUAAAUCCAUAUAAAGCUCCAUUGGGUGGUACUUAAUAUGGUUGAUAACAAUCAACAUUACUUCAGACUACAACUUUCAGUUGGUCAAGGUAUAGGAUCCUGUUUUUACCUGUUGUUAGUUUGUAUGUUGGUAUAUGUUAGCUGAUUAAAAAGUUGUGCAAAGUAUCUUCUAAAAGUCAGAACUAACUGACAAGAUGAUAUCUUGCAUGUUGUUUAAUCAGAUCAAUUCAUUCUCUUUCCGAUUAUGUUGGAAUGAUGUGAAGGUCAGGGAACUUUAUUUACAGUUUAUUUCUGAUACAAGUCUGAUCCCCAGAUAAAUUCAUUCUGAUUGUGACUAUGUUGGAAUGAUGCGAAAAAUAUUCCUGACAAGUAGUACUUUAGAUGAACUUGUAUCAGCUAUUUUAAUUGUCAACAUUAAUGUUGGAUAAGAUAAUUUUGUAACCCUCAAAAUUUGAUAUAAAACAUUGAACUGUGUAAUCAAUAAUAGCAUUUAACAUCAGAAAAAAAAUUUUCGAGGUCUAUUUAAAAUUUUCUUGUUUUUGUGAGUAUUUAAAUUAUUGUGUUAAUGAAUAUAAGUAAUGCAUAAUGUUUUUGUAAAACUUUUUAGCUAUUGCAAACUUAAGUUUUGUAAUGUAUUCACUGUUUGGAGGCAGCUGUUAUAAAACUAUUACAAUUUCAAUAAGUAUGGAAAAAAAAUACUUAAAAGCUCAGAUUUGAAAGACCAGUGAUGAAUAGUAACUUAGUACCUAUUCUGGAUAUGGAAAAUAACUGUGACUGUAGAACAGUGUGAGAAUACAGAUAUAUUUACAGUUUGUUUCAACACUUCACAAUAUAUUUGUUCAGUCAUUUACACGUAUACUAGUAUGCAUAGUUAUUGUUAUUUCCCGUGUUACUGUUUUUAGACCUAUAUUUUGAAUUACUCCUUUUUCACCUAAAUGUCUGUUUGAUUUAUACAAAAUUCAGACAAAUUCUAAGUCAAAUGAAAAGUGCCAGAUUUUUUGUCUAUGAUUUGUUACUCAACAAGACAAAAGUUUCACAUUUUUGUUGUUCUAACAAUGCUACAGUUUUGAGUGCAUAUUAUUAUUAUUUUAUUUUGUAUGUAGCUUUUGAUAGAAUUUUGUGCCAAUAAUAGUUUUGUGAUGCUAAGUAAUGUACUGCUUAAACUUCAAUAAGGAACAUAUAUCUCAGCUGUCUGAAGGUUAAAAAAAGCAUAAAGGUGGUUUAUGUUUAAUAUACCUCAGUUGUAAUGGCCCUUUGUCACUGUCUCAAUCUUAAUUCAACCGAGGCAAACUCUAUAAAAAGUAAACAUUGAAUCACACUUACUAACAAAACCUUAAGGUAAAACAUAGAAAUAAAAUACAAAUUUAUUGAAUUAGAGUUUAUACUAGUUAAAGAAAAUAUUUAUGUAGCUGAAAAUUAUAUUGUUCUAUAAUCAUACAGAUAAAGAAUUUUCAUUGGUGAUCUUGAAAGAAACCUUGUGUUUUCAAAAUUAAUGAAAUAAAUUAUGAAUGAAUUAUAUAUAUUAAAUGGCUUAUUUUCCCAAGACAAACCAAUGGUGUUAUUUAGUGCAAUGGUUUCCUACUGCUAGUGUGUGGAAAUAUCCAGUGAAAAAAAAAUUGUCUCAUGAAAGAUUCAGUUUUUGUGAAAUUUAUAAUGUGUACAUGUAUUGGGAAUAGGUAGAGUAUUUCCUUGUUGAUUCAUUAUGAAAUAAGUGAGCCACAUAAAUUUCAUUCUUUUAAUAGUCCAUAAGCAUUUUAUAAAGAUUUUGCUGGUCCGUGAUGUGAAACCACUGAUCAAGUGUGCUGCUCAUUCCUUUAAUCACUAUAAAAAUACCAGAAUUUUUUUGUCAUUAGAAAAAAUUAUUGAUUUUAUAGCUCAAAUUUCCUUUUACUAUAAAAAGAUUUGUAAAUCACUGUUUUACUGGUCAUAGAAAGGCUGAUAAAAAUGAGCAUAAUAUAUAUAUUCAAAACAUGCAUUUUCAAUCAAUUGAAAUAGUGUGGAAAAAUAUUUUUUCUGGAUCACUUUAUGUAUGAUUUUUAUACCAAAAUUAUUCAAUAAAGUUGUUAUUAAAUCUCU